GUCCCCAAUUCUCGUCCGUUCUCGGCGCGGGCAGCGGGCAGCGGACGGCGGAGGCAGCGCGCCGCGGUCGCCGGGAGCUGGGAGCCCCGGGCGCCCGCUCCUCGGCGCAGCAUGUUCCAGCCGGCGCCCAAGCGCUGCUUCACCAUCGAGUCGCUGGUGGCCAAGGACAGUCCCCUGCCCGCCUCGCGCUCUGAGGACCCCAUCCGUCCCGCAGCGCUCAGCUACGCCAACUCCAGCCCCAUAAACCCGUUCCUCAACGGCUUCCACUCGGCCGCCGCCGCCGCCGCCGGCAGGGGCGUCUACUCCAACCCGGACUUGGUGUUCGCCGAGGCGGUCUCGCACCCGCCCAACCCGGCCGUGCCCGUGCACCCGGUGCCGCCGCCGCACGCCCUGGCCGCCCACCCCCUGCCCUCCUCGCACUCGCCACACCCCCUCUUCGCCUCGCAGCAGCGGGACCCGUCCACCUUCUACCCCUGGCUCAUCCAUCGCUACCGAUAUCUGGGCCACCGCUUCCAAGGGAACGACACAAGUCCGGAGAGCUUCCUUUUGCACAACGCGCUGGCCCGAAAGCCGAAGCGGAUCCGAACCGCCUUUUCCCCGUCCCAGCUUCUGAGGCUGGAACACGCCUUCGAGAAGAACCACUACGUGGUGGGCGCAGAGAGGAAACAGCUGGCGCACAGCCUCAGCCUCACGGAAACUCAGGUAAAAGUAUGGUUUCAGAACCGAAGGACGAAGUUCAAAAGGCAGAAGCUGGAGGAGGAAGGCUCAGAUUCUCAACAAAAGAAAAAAGGGACGCACCAUAUUAACCGGUGGAGAAUCGCCACAAAGCAGGCGAGUCCCGAGGAAAUAGAUGUGACCUCAGACGAUUAAAAACACAAACAGAACCCCACAGAAACGGACAACACGGAGCAAAACAGAGACAGGGAGAGGAGGGGAAGAAGAAAAAACCCUACAAAACUAAAACAAACCACACACACAUUCACGGAGAAGGGGAGAGGGAGUCAGAGAGAGGAGCGGCGCGACGCAGACGCUGGGCCGCAAGAGCGCAGGGCCCUGAUCCGAGAACGCGCCGAGAUGGCAGAGGACGGAGGCUCCUUGAUGAACACGCAACCCUUGUCUAAACAGGCAGCUUGAGAGAGACAGAGACAGACAGAGAGAGAUCCAAAGGUGGCAAAGCCGAAGGCGCUCUGACAAGGGGAGCUGUCAGUCAAACGCCAAACCAGCGAGACAAGAUGAUUGGCAGGUAUUCCGGUUAUCUCGCAGUCCGAUUUUUAAAAAAAUGAUGAUGAUAAUGAUAAAAGAAAAAACCCAACCAGGCACAGGACUUUUUAUUUUGCACUUCGAAGUGUUUUUUUCCCCAAUCUUUAAAAAUAACCAGUUAUAAUAGCAGUCGGGAUUCCACAUCCAGCCCCAUCCCACACCUGUUCAAAAACUUGAAUUGCAUGUAGCAGUUGUUGGGCGAAUGGUGUCUUAAGACAGAAAGUGAAUUGUAAUUUUCUUUUCCUUUUAAAGACAGGUUCUGCGUGCUUUUUAUUUUGAUUUUUUUGCAAGAAAUGUGCAGUCUGUAAACACUUUUUGAUACCUUCUGACGUCAAAGUGAUUGUGAAAGCUAAAUGAAGUAGGCUCAGCGAUAGUGGUCCUCUUUCAGAGAAACGGGGAGCAGGAUGGGGGGCUGGGGGUGGAGGGGGAGGGUGCCCACAAGAGGAGUCAGGACUUGUACUGGGAAAAAAACCCCUAAAUUAAUUAUAUUUCUUGGACAUUCCCUUUCCUAACAUCCCAAGGCUUAAAACCACGAACUAAAACUCCUUUUAGUGGUUGAAGGUAUUGGCCGAGUUCAACCAUUUGCCGUAAAUAAAGGCCAUUCCAAACUUUCAAUCUAUCUAUUGCAAAAACUGAAGGACUGUAGUUAGCGGGGAUGAUAAGUGUGGCCAAGGACACGGCAGCAAGUUUUCAAGCACUGAGUUUCUAUUCCAAGAUCAUAGACUUACUAAAGAGAGUGACAAAUGCUUCCUUAAUGUCUUCUAUACCAGAAUGUAAAUAUUUUUGUGUUCUGUGUUAAUUUGUUAGAAUUCUAACACACUAUAUACUUCCAAGAAGUAUGUCAAUGUCAAUAUUUUGUCAAUAAAGAUUUAUCAAUAUGCCCUCA